CACUUUCUGGUCCAUCCACCAACUCCCCAACUCCCCAUCUCACCAUCUCACUAACGACUCCGGACUGGGAUUCGAAUUCUCGACUAUUGCCACUCACUCCUUUUGCCCUGCCAUCGCCGGUUCCUGGGCCUCUCUCUUCCCUGGUGACCCCGAGUGGCGUCGUCCAUUCUCCGCCCGUCAUUUGGCUGGUCAUUCCCUUAUUCCUACAUCCUUUUUCCCUUGCGUUUUUCUGGGUUGGAACUGCCCCUCGCUCUCCCCCACCGCUUAAAUCUCCGGAUCUUUUCGCCUCUCCCACGUUCUCUCAGAUCGCGGUUCUCUGGAUGGAUACCUUUUGGCCAUGAGCACAGCAGGCGACAUUCACACCGACUCUACGAAUUCCAGACCCAGCCCGGCGCCCAGUGCUGCCGGCUCGACGGGCACUUCGGGCAUUACCGUGCGCACCGGGGCCAACGGACAGAUGAGUUUCAGAAGACAACGUGCGUCGCGCGCUUGUGAGACCUGCCAUGCUCGAAAAGUGCGCUGCGACGCUGCCAGUUUGGGUGUUCCCUGCACCAACUGCGUAGCCUUUUCGAUCGAGUGCAAGAUCCCUACGCCGAAACGCAAGAAGAAUCAAACCAAACCGAAGGAAGCUGACGGAAGCGAAGAGCGCAGCGAGCAGCCCGAACCGAAACAGGAAACCCCGGCAAGAGAUGGCAAGGAUGCCUUUGGCUACCGGAACAAUCAGAUCGUCGACGGCAUGCCUGCUCAAGCUCAAGCCAUCUCAGAAACGGAGGCCGUGCAAGAGGCUCACCUGAACAAUGCCUACGCCCAGUUUAUGAAGCCCAAGUUCGCGCGCGCCCCCAUCAAGGAGGCCGGUCGCGUCGCCUACCUGGGCGAGUCGUCGAACCUGUCGCUCCUGGUGCAGGAUCGCCACGGCACCACGGACGUCGUGCAUUAUCCUCUGCCGCCCAACAUCCGCGGGUCGCGAUCGCGAGUCACCGAGCUGGACAACCUGGAGCUGGAUAUUCUCCAUCAACGCGGUGCCUUCUUGCUGCCGCCCAAACCGCUGUGCGACGAGCUGGUGGACGCCUACUUCCAAUGGGUGGCCCCCGUGGUUCCCAUCGUCAACCGCAGUCGCUUCAUGCGCCAUUACCGGGAUCCCAAGAACCCGCCUUCACUACUGCUUCUGCAGGCCAUCCUCCUCGCAGGUUCCCGAGUCUGCACGAAUCCUCAGUUGAUGGAUGCGAACGGCUCGACGACCCCGGCCGCCAUGACCUUCUACAAGCGGGCCAAGGCGCUGUACGACGCCAAUUACGAAGACGACCGCGUUACGAUCGUUCAGGCUCUGGUGCUCCUGGGCUGGUACUGGGAAGGCCCCGAAGAUGUUACCAAAAACGUCUUCUACUGGACUCGAGUGGCAAUGGUGGUCGCGCAGGGAUCGGGAAUGCACCGAAGCGUGGAAUCCUCGCAACUCACGAAGCCGGACAAGAGGCUAUGGAAGCGAAUUUGGUGGACAUUGUUCACUCGCGACCGCUCCGUGGCCGUGGCCCUGGGACGGCCCAUCGGCAUCAACACGGACGACUCGGACGUCGGAAUGUUGACGGAGGAUGACUUUAUUGAAGACGAGAUUGAUAUCGCCGCCGAAUAUCCGCCCGAGCCCGUUCACGUGCAGUUCUUCCUGCAAUACGUCAAGCUGUGCGAGAUCAUGGGUCUCGUUCUGUCGCAGCAGUACUCGGUGGCCUCGAAAUCGAGACGCAUGAACGCCAUGGAUCUGACCCAUUCCGACAUGGCGCUGGCGGAUUGGCUGCAGAAUUGUCCCAAGGAAGUGUGUUGGCAGAGACAGCGACAUCACUUCUGGGCUGGUCUUCUUCAUGCGAACUAUUACACGACGCUCUGUCUGUUACAUCGAGCACACAUGCCGCCGGCUUCUUCGGUUCCCAGCAGUUAUCGGGUCGAAGAGAUGGCGUACCCGUCGCGGACCAUCGCCUUCCAAGCUGCCGGGAUGAUCACCUCGAUCGUCGAAAACCUGCAGAAUCACCGAGAGAUCCGAUAUACCCCGGCCUUCAUUGUCUAUAGUUUGUUCUCGGCUCUGAUUAUGCACGUCUAUCAAAUGCGAUCCUCCGUCCCCUCCGUGGUGGCAACCUGCCAAGAGCGAAUCAAUAUCUGCAUGCAAGCACUGAAGGACGUCUCCAAGGUCUGGCUCGUGGCCAAGAUGGUCCACACCCUGUUCGAGUCCAUUCUGGGCAACAAGGUGCUGGAGGAACGUCUUCAGAAGGCUGCCGGCCGAAGACACCAGAGAGUGAGACCCGACGGGGUUCAACCGCAGCCCGCGAGACGGCCCGAUCCCCCCAAGCGCAAAUUCGACGAUAUGGACCUGGGACUGCCGAAUGGAGGACCCACGCCUCCGGUCUCGUACGAGCGAUCUCGUCCGCAGACUCCGGCGCUCACUCCGUCCCGAGAGAUGGGACAGCCUGGAUUGAGCGUGCCCCAGGGGUCUCCCCCGGUGCGCGAAGGCAACUCUCGGAGCAACACGCGACCGACGACGCCGUUCAACGCACAAUUCUCCCUGCCUGCCACGCCACCCGACCUCUUCCUUGUCACGCGAACUUCGCCCAACCUGUCGCCGUCGCUCUGGGAGAACUUCCAGCCGGACCAACUGUUCCCUGACGGCACGGCCAUCUUCCCGGAGUUGACGUCGCCGCAGACCAACACCGUCGAACCGCAGCUCCAUAUGCAGUCGCAACUGCAGCAACCCCAAGGCAUGGACCAGCGCUCCAUGAUGUCCCAACCACCGCUGCCGUCGCGGAGCCUGUCCGGGGCCCAGGGAAGUCCGGAGAUCCUGUCUAGCAUGCCGGCCGGGAUCAGCCUGCAGGGCCAGCAACCACCGCAGAUGUUCGGGCUGGAGAACCAGCAAACGUGGCCGAUGCAGGGGCUCGAUGCUCCGAUCAGCGGGGCGCCGAUCGACGCGGCGAGCCAGGAUGAUAACUGGAGCAGCAGCUCUCGCAGCGGGCCUACGGCGCCGACUACUUUGAACGUGGAAGAUUGGUUCCAAUUCUUCGGCAUCAACGGCACCUUUGAAAUGCCGACUUGAGCAGACUCGGGUCGGAAGCGAAUCUCACGGCUGUACAACAAUUCUUAUUGAGUUCUAUUCUUAUUCCCCAUUGAUACGAUCACGCUGUUCAGUCCUGUCCGGAGGAAGGCGUUUGGAUAUUGUGGUUCACUGCUGUAUACCUGGUUGGGUUUUGUGAUGAUUGACUGGAUCGGAGGGUCAGUGGCUCUGACGAUGGAGAUGUUUGGUUCUGUUUUGACGAGGGGAUGAACUGCCGGGGCAAGUGGCUUAUGGCGUCCGGAGGUGAUUGUGCAUACGGUUGGGAGGCUUUGUAUAUAGAGGAGACCGGUCGUCGAACCGAUCAGCCUACUGGAAUUGAUUUCGCACUGGCGUUGUAUCCACCGUCUGUCAUUCACGGAUCUCUA